UCCCCCCGAUGGACCGGUGCAUUGUGGGACAGUGGGAGGCGUUGGUUCUGUAUUUGUGAUUUUUUUUUAUUUUUUUUAUUUUAUUUUAAAGACAGCUAGCCGUCAUUUGCGUUUUCCAUGCAGCUCACGGGAAGGAAUGGAGGAGAACGGGAAACCUCCGUUCUAAUGUCUCCCAGCGGAAGAAGGAGCGUCCUGGUCCAGUUUUUUUCGGUGGCUCACGCACACUGCCUCCCUGAAGCCGUCAUGCCUUAUGGAGUAUUUAUGAACCGCCUAUGACAUUCCAAGAAGAAUAAAUGUUUACACUAAUAGUUAUUUUUGCCAACAAUUAGCCACCCCCUAAACCUCUUUAGGUCACUUAUUUUUCCACCCGUGAAACACACACCACCAUAUAUAUAUUAUUUUUUUUUUGGGUUGUGUUUCUAUUUUUAUUUUUAUAAAAUUUCUAUCCCCUUUUGCAAGAGGCCGAUCCCCUAUCAUGAGAUUCCGAAUCUACAAGAGGAAGGUGGUGAUACUGACUCUGGUGGUUGUUAUCUGUGGCCUGGCUUUCUGGAGCAGCGGGAGGCAAAAAAAGAACCUCGGUCUUCAGUUCCCCAAGGAGUUUGAGGCGGUGAAGAGGAGCAGCAGCCAGAGCAGCAGCAGCAGCAGCAGUGGCAGCCUCAACAAUCACAUCCAGGCGCAGGCCACCCCUGCAGUCAGCCGGGCGCCCGUUCCUCUGCCCGUCAUCCAGGCCAACGGCACACACCUGGAGAAUGCCAAGGACAAAGCCAGAGUGAACCCGCCGGAGGUGGACAACGCCACGCUCGUCUAUCGCGGCAUCGUCUUCCAGCUGAACUUCGACCAGACGAUAAGAAACGCGGAGAGGCACAAGACGCGGCAGAAAGACGACCUGGUGGUGGUGGUCCAGGUCCACAACCGACCCGACUACCUGAAGCUGUUGGUGGACAGCCUGCGAAAGGCCAGAGGCGUGGAGAACAUACUGCUGAUAUUCAGCCAUGAUUACUGGUCCCCGGAGAUUAACAAAGUGGUGGCCUCUGUCGACUUCUGCCAAGUCCUUCAGAUCUUCUUCCCCUUCAGCAUCCAGCUCUACCCGCAAGAGUUCCCCGGGAACGACCCCAGGGACUGCCCCAGAGAUAUUCCCAAAAAAGACGCCUUAAAGCUCGGCUGUAUCAACGCAGAGUAUCCGGACUCGUUCGGCCACUACCGCGAGGCGAAGUUCUCCCAGACCAAGCACCACUGGUGGUGGAAGCUGCACUUCGUCUGGGACAGAGUCAGGGCCCUGAAAGACCACCAGGGUCUGGUCCUGCUCAUAGAGGAAGACCACUACCUGUCGCCGGACUUCAUCCACCUCCUGAAGCUGAUGAGGUCUCUCCGAAGGGAGCAGUGCGCCGACUGCGACAUCCUCUCGCUCGGGACCUACAGCCACAUCGGCUACUCGAGCAAAGCCAACAAGGUGGAGGUGAAGGCCUGGAAGUCGACGGAGCACAACAUGGGCAUGGCCCUGAGCAGGGAGACGUACCAGAAGCUCCUCCGAUGCACCGACACGUUCUGCACUUACGACGACUACAACUGGGACUGGUCCCUGCAACACCUGACCGUCGCCUGCUUGCCCUCCUACUGGAAGGUGAUGGUGAGCGAGGCGCCCAGGGUCUUUCACGCGGGCGACUGCGGCAUGCACCACAAGAAGGCCUCCUGCAUGCCCGUGAGCCAGAAGACGAAGAUCGAGAACAUCCUGCAGACCAGCGGGAACCAGCUGUUCCCGAAGAACCUCCUGAUCACAAAGAGACUGCCGGCGAACGGAGCCGGAGGAGUGGCCCCGCAUGUGAAAAACGGGGGCUGGGGAGAUAUCAGGGACCAUGAACUCUGCAAGAGUUACGUUCGAUUACAGUGACCUUAAUUGCUACUAUUAUGUAUUCUUUUCUCUUUUGCAUCCUAUAUAUAAAAAAAAGAUUAAAUCUUUAUGGACUAUUCUCCAUAUUGCCUGUUUCAUUGGACUGUUUUCUUGGAUUGUUCCAAAUAAAGACGAAUGUUGAA